CGAGAACCUUCUGAUAACGUAUGAUAUCUCAGCUCAGCUUCAAAAGCAGGAAAUGACAGGACCUCGACGUCAUGGAGAUGCAGUGGGACGGUGCUAAAAACACACAUUAUAACAUUUCGUGGCCCUGGAUGAUGGUGAGAGACGCUCGGCGGGGACCCACGAGACUUUACAGACUUUUCGAGGGCCCGUUUGUUGAGCCGUGUUUAUGGGACCAUGUGAGUAAUAUAAACAGAAGACGCGUUUCUCCCCUCUGAGCUCGAGCUGAGUUGGCAACAGGAGCCCACCUGUGUUUAAUCACAAAGACACGAUACAUGCAACUUCACGCCGCAGCGUCUCUGAGGGCAAAGUGGGAGGAUGAACUGAGGAGAGACGCGCUCUGGAGCCCUAAAAGUUGUUGUGGCGAGAUAAAGGCAUACCUAUGUUUAUAAGAUGACACUCAACACACAGAAGGAGGGAAAGGAGCCGCUGAGGAGACGAGCAAGCACACCCAUCCCCUCCUCUCGUCAAGCGGGACGGGGAGACAGAGACCCCUCGACUGACCCCUAUCACCCUCCGCUCGCCCAGUCAGCCUCGUACCACCCUGGAGACAAGAGCAUCCACUCGCGGGCCAACUGGUCCUCAGACUCCGAAUCAGACAGCUCAGGAUCCGAGUGUCUUUACCGUGUGGUUUUGUUAGGUGAUCACGGCGUGGGGAAGUCAAGCCUUGCCAACAUUUUUGCUGGAAUACAAGAGAAGGAUGCCCACAAACACAUUGGAGAGGAUGCAUAUGAAAGAACUCUUAUGGUUGAUGGAGAGGAGACAACACUGGUUGUGAUGGACCCUUGGGAAACAGAUAAACAGGAGGAUGAUGACAAGUUCUUGCAGGAUUACUGCAUGCAGGUGGGCAAUGCUUACAUCAUAGUUUACUCCAUCACUGACCGCAGCAGCUUUGAAAGUGCAUCAGAGCUACGGAUCCAGCUGCGGCGCAUACGGCAGGCUGAAAACAUUCCCAUCAUCCUCGUGGGCAACAAAAGCGACUUAGUGCGCUCUCGAGAGGUGGCAGUGGAAGAGGGUCGAGCUUGUGCAGUGAUGUUCGACUGCAAGUUCAUAGAAACCUCAGCCUCCCUCCAUCACAAUGUCCACGAGCUAUUUGAGGGCACCGUGAGGCAGAUCCGACUGCGGCGAGACAGCAAAGAGAUCAAUGAGCGCCGACGCUCUGUCUACAAGCGAAAGGAGAGCAUCACCAAGAAGGCCAGACGCUUCCUGGAUCGACUGGUGGCCAAGAACAACAAAAAGAUGGCCCUAAAAGUGCGCUCCAAAUCCUGCCAUGACCUCGCUGUGCUGUGAAGACGCAGAUCACUCACAUUCCUCUCAUUGCUGGUCUGAUGGCGACAGAGAAUUUGGUUUUCAGAGACAUUUAUUAACUGUUUUGAGUUUGGUUCAUUGUUUAUUUAUUAAUUCAUGUUGAAACUCAUAGUAUUUACAACCUUUUUAGUGAUUACCUUGAAGACUGGAGGGUUGUUGCUCUCUGUUCUGUGUCCUAUAGAUCAAAACCAUUGUUAACAGUAUAUCACCUUUUAAGUGGACUUUAUUUUUUAUGAACAUUUUUUCCGUGUUUGCCUUAUCAGAUGGAAUAGGGAAUAAAUAGAACGAAUUUACAAGCAAUAUUUAUUAUUCGCUGUUGUUUUUAUGUUUUCUUUAAAAUAAAGAAAGUAUUUUGUAUACAGUUAUGAGAAAAGCACCGCUUGCUGGAAAAGUUUAAAGACAGCUGAGGCAGUGUUAUUUUAGUCUAAUAAAGCGAAAAAUAUUAUAGACAUGUCAAUCAUCGUUAAAAAGGGCAUGUGAAUAUCCCCCAUAAGCCUGUUAAAGUUUAUUUGGACGAGAUAGUUGGUCAGUAAACGAAGCUGGUCAGUAAACAUUAUGAAGGUGUCAGAUGUUUUCUCAAAAACUUAGUAUAGCAACAAAAAUAAUGGUUUACAGGCUUUCUUUGUACGUUACAUGUAUUUUGUGUACUUCUUCUGGCACUGGAUAUAGAGGUGGAAAUGCUUUUUGUACAACUUAAUGUUGUUGGUUUGUAAAUAUUUAUUUCCAAAAUUUGUAAAAUAAUAAAUGACUUUGAAAUAUGUAAAUAUAAUUAUGUUUUGCAUGAAU